UUGGAAAGUUGGCGGCGCAAUAUAUUUUUGUUUGACAAUUUGAUAUAUUUAAAUACAAUUUUUGCAAAAUGGCCGCCCAGGUGACUCAGGUGCAGCGGUUCUUCAACGGGUACAAGCAGGAGGUGAGCCGAUCACUGCGGGAUGCGUCCAAGCCGUGGACCAAAGUCUUCGAUGCCGUGGAGGAGAAGACCGGCGUGGACAGGGUCAAUAUUUUCGCAGGUGCUGUUGGUCUGUGCGCCCUCUACCUGACCUUUGGCUGGUGCGCCCAGAUAUUGUGCAACAUUAUUGGCGUUUUGUAUCCUGCAUACAUUUCCAUCCAUGCCAUCGAGUCGAGCACAAAGCAGGAAGACACCAGGUGGCUAAUCUACUGGGUCACUUUUGGCAUCUUCACUGUGAUUGAAUACUUUUCGGGUCUGCUAACCUCGCUGAUUCCCUUCUACUGGCUGCUGAAGUGCACUUUCCUCAUCUGGUGCAUGCUGCCCAACAAACAUAAUGGUUCUACCAUCAUCUACCAUAAGCUGGUGCGACCGUACUUGCUAAAACAUCACGAACCCGUCGACAUGACCAUUGAUAAUGGCACGAUGACGCACGACUAGGACCUCGUAUUGGUUACGUUUAGCAAUAAAUUUAGAUUUUUUUUUUUGAACCAGAAAGAAAUCUCCGUUUGUUAAACAUAAAAA